GAGCGCACAGUCUGAGGAUAAUCGCAGGUGGUGAGGGUUACAAUCUGCCGACAAGGAGCGACACGAGCAGGUGUAGAUUCGUAGCCGAACAACCACUGAUCACAGCUUUUUUAUGAGACGAUUAUCUCUCCUGGAUCGAGGCCUUUUCUUUCUUUCUUUUUUUAUUUUUUAUUUUUUAUCUCCCUCUCUCCCCCCCUCGAUGAUCCACAAUGCGGUCCUCGGCUUGGUUCGUCGCCAGUCGCGCUCUCAUCCUCUGCGCGCUCGGGCUGAUUGACGGGGCAAAAGGACAGCGGCAGUGUAGCGAGGCGGACUACUACUAUGAGUACACAGAGUGUGACAGCACUGGAUCCCGGUGGAGAGUGGCCAUCCCACACAGCCCCGGGGCCUGCACUGGACUACCAGAACCUGUACGCGGCACUGAGUGCACCUUCUCGUGCGACGCCGGGGAGUUCCUGGAGAUGUCGGCUCAGGAGUGCACCCAGUGCGCGGCGGGGAGCUACUCCCUCGGCAGCGGCGUCCGCUUCGACCAAUGGGAUUCCAUGCCUGCUGGAUUUAGUAGCCUGGCAACCUCGCUGGAAAACAGCCCCCGCGGAGACGACAGGCUCACCUGCAACAGUUCGUCCUGGGUGCCUCAGGGAAACUACCUGGAGUCCAACAGGGACGAGUGCACGGUCUCUCUCAUCUACGCCGUCCACCUGAAGAAGCAGGGCUCUGUCAGCUUUGAGUACCAGUAUCCAGACAAGAACCUUCUGUUCGAGUUCUUCAUCCAGAACGACCAGUGUCAGGAGAUGGAUCAGUCGGCCGACGCAAAGUGGCUCAAGCUGACCAACCACGGCGAAUGGGCGACCCACACGGUGAACCUGAAAUCUGGCACCAACAUCCUGUACUGGAGGACAGGUGGAGUCCUGAUGGGGACCAAAGUGGUGAAGCCUGUUCUGCUGAAAAAUGUUCAAAUAGAAGGAGUCGCCUACACCUCGGAGUGUUUCCCCUGUAAGCCAGGGACGUUCAGCCACUCCCCGGGCUCCUCCACAUGCGACCCCUGUCCUCCGGACACCUACUCUGGCCGCGGUGCCAGCUCCUGCACCCCCUGCAACACCACCACUCAGUUUGCAGCCGAGGGAUCAGCGGCGUGUAAGGACAAACCUCCGUGUUCCAAGAAGGACUAUUUCCAGAUCCACACGGCGUGUGACCACGAGGGCAAGACGCAGGUCAUGUAUAAGUGGAUCGAGCCUAAGAUCUGCCUGGAGGGCGUGACCGGAGCUGAGCCGCUGCCUCCGAGUGGCGAGCGAGAGCCCUGCCCCCCCUGUAACCCUGGUUUCUAUAACAACGACACAGCCACCUGCUCACCGUGCCCACCUGGGACCUUUUCCGAUGGGAUGAAACCGUGUAGGAAGUGUCCGGCAGGCACUGAGCCCACUUUGGGUUACGAGUAUAAAUGGUGGAAUGUUCUUCCUGCAAACAUGAAGACGUCCUGCUUCAAUGUGGGCAACUCUAAAUGUGACAGUAUGAAUGGCUGGGAGGUGGCAGGCGAUCACAUCCAGAGCGGAGCGGGAAGCUCAGAUAAUGAUUACCUCAUCCUCAACAUCCAUAUUCCUGGCUUCAAGCUCCCCACGUCCGUGUCGAGCCACUCUGCGACUGAGUUUGGCCGCAUCACUUUUGAGUUUGAAACCGUGUGCACAGCUGACUGCGAGCUCUACUUCAUGAUGGAUGUAAACAGGAAAAGCACGACAGUGGUGGAGUCGUGGGAGGGAGCGAAAGCGAGGCAGUCGUACACGCACGUCAUGACAAAGAACGCCUCCGUUUCCUACACGUGGGCUUUCCAGAGGACGAACCAACCAUCAGAUGUUCGUUGGAGAGUCAACGACGUGGCGCGGCUCUACUCCAUCUCGGUGAGUAACGCUGUGGACGGGGUGUCCUCAGAGUGCCGGGCCUGCGCCCUCAGCACCCAACCCUCCAGCUCCACCUGCGUGCCGUGCCCCCCCGGACACUACAUAGACACGCGCACCAGCCAGUGCACGGAGUGUCCACGCAACACGUACCUCGUCUCUCACGCCACGCCGGCCCCAGACGCCUGCAAACCUUGCGGGCCCGCCAGCAGGAGCGAUAAGGAUCACAGAUUAUGUUACAGCGACUGUCACUUCACCCACACCGAAGGCAACGCCACUCUGACUUUUGACUUCAGCCUCCUCGGGUCAGUGGGAUCGCUGAUGAACGGUCCGAGUUUCACCUCCAAAGGAACCAAGUACUUCCACCAGUUCAACAUCAGCCUGUGUGGGGGACAGGGUCAGCUGGCCAUGUGCACCGACAAUGUAACUGACCUAUCCGUCACCGACUCCCAGAGAGAGAAAGGUGAGGGAGCCAACUCCGUCAAGACCUUCAUCUGUCAGUCAACAAUAAUCCCGGCGAGCGGACGAGGCUUCCACACGGCGCUCUCCUCGCAAUCCAUUAACCUGGCUGACACAUUCCUCGGAGUGACAGUGGAGAAUACACUCGACGGAAUCAAGGCGGGACCAGAGCUGUGGCCUCAGACCUCCAAGAAAGUCCCCGACAUCAACUUCUACUACAGGUCCUUGGACGAGACCUCAUCUUGCGUCUUGGGUCGGAGCGCAGUGGUGACACUCCGCUGUAACCCGGUAAAGAGCACGAAAGGAGAUCUCUCAGUUCCCAGCCGGUGCCCUGCAGGAACAUGUGACGGCUGCACUUUCCAUUUCCUCUGGGAGAGCGCGGGAGCUUGUCCUACAUGCACAGAGAGGGACUACCAUCAGAUAGAGGGAGCCUGCAAGGGCGGACAGCAGGACCUGCUGUAUGUGUGGACCGAGCCGAAGCUGUGUAUUGGAGGCGUGACCUUGCCCGAGAAGAAAACGUUGCCGUGCGAGGGGAUGGAGUACUGGGUGAGACUGGGCGGAGGACUGGGAACGUUUACCGCAGUGCUGCUCAUCUCCCUCACCUGCUACUUCUGGAAGAAGAACAAAAGGUUGGAGUACAAGUACUCCCGCCUGGUGAUGUCUGCCAAUAAGGAGUGCGAGCUGCCAGGAGCUGACAGCUGUGCCGUGAUGGAGGGAGAGAACGAGGCAGACAUGGAGGAUGAAGUCGUGUACACAAAACCCUCUCUGCUUGGCAAACUCAAAGCCAUAGCAUCCAAAGGGAACGGAGAGAACUACGAACAUGUGCAGCUCAACUCGUCUCACUCCAAAGCGUUGGUCUGGAGCUAGAGAGGCGGGGCCAGCGAGUGGGAGCGACUGGGGAGAGAGAUGGGACCCUCCGGAGACUUUCCACCGAACGACCCCUUGAACCAACCACCCCCUUUAUGAGCUUUGGUACCUGGAAUACCAACUGUGUGUACACAUGCACACGUGCGCACACUUACACACACACACACACACACACACACACACACACACACACACACACACACACACACACAGCACGCACCUAGGGCCAGGUUCAGAGAAGUCCCACGAACACGGUGGCCUUAAAGCUCGGUACGACAGAGCCCGUCCAAACUGGAAGCAUAGUACUGUGAAGCCGGUGUGUGUGUGUUAGACACUUCCUGGUAAUAUUCUGAUUCAAGCUGAUGUCAGAAAGGCUGUAAGAAGAGCUCAGGGUAAGACAAGGACCUAUUUGACUGAUGUUCUGUUACGUUUUUUGUAUUAAUUUAAGUCUGUGUCUAAUGCGUCUUCAGACGUCCACGGUGUAACUGUCAUCAGCGUCACCGUGGCGAGUGUGUGUCCAUCUCCCACAGACGUUUACACAGACUGCUGGUUAGAUUCUGUCCGUAUAAAGCCUCUAUCUUCUCAUCUGUUUGCUUUUCUUGUUCAGUUGAGAUUACUUUAUUAUGAGGAGAAGAUGAAGAUGAAGAUGUCAUGUGAGACGAGGUGAUGUUGUGGUGUUGGCUGUCCAUGUGUGUCAAAUAAAUUAUGAUGUAUUUAUGUAUAA